AUGGGGAAAGACAUGAGGAGUAGAAUGAGUUUGUUUGUUGCAGGGUUGGGUUUUUCUUCAAGCAAGGAAGGUAGGGGGACCAUAUUGAUCAUGGAUAUAUCAAGGCUGAUGGUAUACGUUAAUCAAGUUGAAGAAAAGAAUAUAAAGGAUAGAGAAGAGUACCAAAACAAGAAGGCGGAGACUGAAAUGAGUCUGGCCAACAAAAAUGUGGUUCUAGCCGACCACAAUUCCAAAAUGCAAAGGGGCAUGCUCCAUCAUCUUCCAGUGCACCUACACUCAGAAAGAAAGGCGAGUAUAGUGGUCGUAACUCGCAGAACUCCAAUGCUAAAGUGUCCCAAUCUCAAGGGUCAAUAUAUGAGAGAAUACCCCAAUAAUAAGAAAGGUGGUGAAAAUCCAGGCAACAAAGCCCAAUUUUCAUCAGUUUCUCCCCCAAACAGGGUUGCACCUAGUGGAGUUGCUUCUUGUACCGGCGGAGGGGAAAAUCGCCUCUAUGCAAUCACAAGCCUCUAA